UUCUUUUUUUGGUUUAUCAAAAAAAACCAAACUAUUGAAAGUGUUAAAACAACAAUAUGGCCGAUUAUGUUUCACUAAAAUCAUCGGAUAAAUCCGAUGAUUUGGAUUCAACAUUAUUAUCACCAUCGAUGACCGAUAGUGGUGAUCAAUUUGCUGGUUUCAAAAGUUCAGAAUCAUUGGUUACUUUUAAUAAAACAAAAAUGACCUAUACAAUUAAUGAUGAAUUAUCGGCACAUUUUUCUGUAUUUUUAUCAUCAUAUAAAAUGGAUGAUAAUGAUCAUGUUGGUAUUUGUCGCCUCCCAGAUGAUAUGUUCAUUGUUUCGAAAUUAAUUCGUGAUUGUGAUGUGGAUACUGAGCUGGAAAAUCUUGAUGAUAUUGGUCUAUUAGAUGAUGAUAAAAUUAUUGCCAAAAAAACUUGUUUCAAGCAAAAAGAUUUGCCUAUGGAUAAGAAACCAUCAUAUUUUCAAUUCUGUUAUCAGAAUUCUAAUGGUGCUAUAUUGGGUAAAUCUACACCGUUCCAAAUUAAAGAUGUGGCCGAAAUGCAAAGUUCAUCAAUGUCACCACCACAAAUGGUUGAAAGUACAGCCACUACAAGUGGCGUUGUUGAACGUCCGGAUGAAGAGGAUUUUAUUGUCGUUCGAUCUCAAGAAAGUUUUCUCAAAGAACGUAUCGAACAUUUGACCAAAUCAAACAAUUUACUUCAAUAUCUUAUCCGUAAUAUGGAAAAAGAUAUUGUUGAUAAGGAAAAUGAAAACAAAGAAUUGAAUUCUCGAUUAAAUUCAACCGUAGAGGAAUUGCAAAAAAUUAAGAAAGCACAAGCAGAUUCGGCCGAAGUUUUGCAAUUUAUUAGCCACCAAAAAGAUGAUCUAGAUAAUGUCAAGUCACAAUUGGAAGAAACAUUGAGAACUGAACGGGAACUUCGACGACGAUUGGAAAAAGAAUUGUCCGAAUUGCAAGACACAUAUAAAGAAUAUGAUAAAGAUUUAAAAGAAUCACGUGAGAAUGCCUCUCAAUUGCAAACAAUUUUAUCGCAAAAAGAAGAGGACAUUUCAUUGGCACAAGAUAUGAUAGACAAUCUUCGUAAAGCAAACAACGAAUUGCUCAGCAAAGUUCAUUCGUUGGAAGAUGAUAUGGAAAAUACGAAAUCAAUUCUGGCCACAACAUUGGACGAACGAAGAGCAUUAAUGGAUGAACGUUCAAAUUGGCAUACAUCGAUGAAAACGUAUGAUGAAUCGAAAAAUUAUCUCAUACAACGUGUUGAAGAUUUGGAAAAAAUACGCGAUAAACAAUUGGCUGAGAUUAAAUCAUUGGAAGAAGAAUUACGUCAGUCGAUUUCAAAUCUAAAAAAUAUUAAUUCAAAAUCUGAAAAAGAACAAUCAUAUCAUCAGAAACAACAGCAAGAUAUGAUCAUUAAGAUUGACAAAUUGAAUGCUGAUUACAUUGAAAUGCGUGCUCGUUUAGAACAGGCUAAAGUUGAAUAUGGAAAUCUGUUUGUGAAAUAUCAAAAUUUACAAAAGAAACAAGAACGUAAUAGUUCAUCACAAGAUAAAUCUGGUUCGAUAUAUCCAAAAUUACCAUCGAAUGAAUCUUCUUCCUCUUUGGAUGCAGAUAAAAUGAUCAUUAUUGAUCCUAUUGAUCGUAUUCUUGAUGAGAUGGAUUUGGCUACCCAAACCGAUUCAAAAAGUUCAACAUCCAAAGCAAAUGAUUCUGCAAAUCUAUCAACAUUGAAAGAGGUUAAUGAAAUUCCAAUACAAUCCUCGUCGGCUGAGCAACAGCAAACUUUGGUAAAAACAAUUGCUAUCGAACCAUCAGCACCACCACAGAAAGAACAGCCACAACAACAAGAUGAUUCGAUUUGUGUAAAAAGCAUUAUCGAUAUGCCAUGUACAAUGUGUGAACAGGUAAUUCGUUGUAAUCAAACGGACGAAAAUGGACAAAUGAAAGAAAUGAUUGAACAUUUUGAAGAAGUACAUAAACAAAAAAUGUGUCCCGUUUGUUCCGUUUUGUUUGAUACACGAUUAUCAAUAUUUAAAUCAUAUUUUACCACACAUUUACAGAAUCAUUUUAAUCAGAUGAAAUAUCCUUCUCAAAAUUAAUUAAUCAUUUAUAACACAAAAAAUACCAAUAAUGAUUAGAUGAAUAUUUUUUUUUUUUUGGUUAUAUACUACUCUAUAUAAGUGAGAUUAUCUGUUUUUCUUUAAUCAUUCAUUCAUUUGUUUUUUCCAAUAUGUUGACUUUAUCUAUCAAAUCAUCAUUGAAUAAUAAAUAAAUAAACAAAAUAUAUUUGGUUUUAUCGGAAAUUUAUUACAUUUGAAAAAUAAAACAAUCGACAAUAAACAAAUGUCACAAUGGUAUUUAUAUAUAUGAAAAUGAAAAUGAAAAUG